CCCAGAAUUGAUGUGUCCUUGUCUCCGCUAAUCACACCUGUGACAGGUAACACGGAGUAGGCGGAACACAAUGUACAUAAGAAACAAGCCGAGCCUUUGGGAACAGUUGCCGAACAGACAGCGGAACUGACGAGAGUAACCGUUACCAUCUAAAGAAGGCUUUUUCAUAACAGGGGAAGUAUGGCGAUUUUUUGUUGACGGAUAAAGAUGCGAUUUGCGUCAGCUGAUUUUAUUAAGCGAAAUAUACUCUGAGGUAACAAGGACGUUCCUGCCUUACACCCCGGAAUAAAACGUUUUCAAUCAGUACAUCGUCAAGCCAAUAGAAGGUUCUUCCAGACAAGACACUCGCUAUAAAGAGAGUGAACCUCAGGUCCAGGGACAUACAAGACACUCGCCAUAAAGAGACUAAACCUCAGGUCCUGUGACAUACAAGACAAGAGUACUGGGACAAUGAUGCCACCACAAUUCUCGUUCCUCGCCACACUACUCUGCAUCACUGCACACGUCCCUUGGGCAGUCUCCAUGUACUACAACUGGCAACCUCUGCGCCCGCAGGUCAUGAGGUCACCAUUUCAACCGUUCAGCCAAUCAAUGAUGAACCUCAACAACGCGUGCUCCAUGCAGCGUCCUAGUGAUGUUCUGCGCAUGCUCCCAGGUCGCUUCCUGUCAGACGAUGACCUGCUGAGUAUGGUGCCGGAACCUCAUAUCCUGUCACGCACUCGCAGACCGACAUUCACCGCUCUGAGGCGUGUGAUUAUGGGGUCGUUCAGCUCCAACUCCCCCUUUAAGACGGGCAACGUCAGCUACAUCAAUGACGGACUCUGCGGCUGUUGUCUAACUGAAAUCGGUUACGAGGUGAUAGAGACGGUGACUGAUUUCCAGGGCAGGAACCACACCCUCAUCAACUUCAACAAUAACUUCCAGUUCAUCCCAACUGGCAGAUGCUCGAACGAGGACGCGCCAUGUGGGGGAGGGGGGCGGGCACGCUGUAAGCAGGUGACCCGGGCUCACUGGAGCCUUGCGUGGACCCCGGGGGUCGGGGCUCAGCUCAUAGCACAUGAAGUACCCUCCCACUGUCAGUGUCUCAAUAUCGGAACGACCGGAAGUAACCCUCCCACCACUGGCUAGUGCGCAUGCUAGCAGACAGUGUACAAGGGAGACAAACGUUACACAGUGUUCCCACAUACUCGCGGUACGGAACUGGUUGUCUCACGCCAAUCGACGGUGAUAGGCGGAAGAUACCCGCACAGUGACACCCCGCCAUAUUCCACUCUCACGGGCAAAGGUGGAUCAAGCAUUUUUUAAAGGGAGGGGUCCAAAAUAUCAAAAUCCCCUCCCAGCUGGUGGGGGUGAUUAUCUACACCAUACUGUUUGUCAAGGGGAAAGCGGACCCCCUGGACAUUCCCUCUGAAUUCGCCAAAUCGGAGGUUAAACUUUCCUGCAAAGAACAUAUCAUAUAUACAAAGGGACGUAACUCCAUAGUGAUGAUUCAUAAAUCAUCGGACAAUGACUAUGCGAACAUUAACUUCCGGAUUAAAAUGUGCACGUGUAAACUCAUAAACUGUGUAUGUUGUAUAUACAUUCUGCCUGGAAAGCACUGAAAAGUCCAUCUUGCUUUGGAGACUGAUUUCCAGGUCUUGUAAAUAUCAUGUAUAUAUCGAUUCAGAUUGAUGGAUUAAACCUAUUAAUGUAUUGUGAUUUCAUUGGUUUAUAAUAAACCUGUCUGUUGAUAUCUCCAAGUGUAUUUACCAUGGUAGUACGAUUGUACCGUUGUGUAUAGAUGGAAAGCUGGCGUAUUGUGUGAUAACAUAAAUUGAAAUGCGAGUCAUCUGUUUGGAUAUGUGCUGUUCA